AUGCUUGCCUCUCCCCGUCGUUCGCUCGACCGGCGCGUUCUCGGUGCUCUCCGGGUGCCUCGCCGCACGGUGUCUCGUCUUCUCGUCUCUCUUCUUCGCCUGCCUUUUGUCGGCCCUUCUGUCUGGGUCGCAAUCGUCUGCCACUUCUCCUCGGGCAUCCCCGGCGACGCAUUCGUCGAGUUCACCACCGAGAAUGUGCAGGCGAUGACGCGUCGGGAUGCGAGACGCGAGAACGAAGAGAAUCCAGAGCCGUCUGCCGCGUCCGCGCCUCCGGUGUCUCCAUCCUCUUCGUCUUCGCCGCUCUCUUCUUCUACCCGUUCUUCGUUUUCCUGUGAUGGAGACCUCGACGCAGGCGAAGAUAUCCUCAGGCUGAGGAGACAGGUGGGCCUCCGGGCGAAUGCGUUUCACGGCGAGUGUCUCUCGAGAAUCUUUUACGGCAUGGUCAAGGGGCAUAUGGAGAACGAUGCACAGUUCAUCGAUUUCCUUACUUCUGAAGUUUUGGAGCGUCUCGAGAGGAAACUCCGGCCCUGGCAGCUGCAGCGGAUUUUCCAAGCGGCCUUCAACUCGCCUCAGGUGUCUCGACACUUCAAGUCUGUUCUCUGCACGCAUCUCGUCUCUCGCCUCGCGUUCCUCCCCGGACAGAGCUUGGCGGACUUCCUGCCCAAGUGUGCGGAGUUGGGACUCGCCAAGAAGGUCGAGAACGUCGUCAAGAUCAAUGUCAUUUCUGGAAAACGGCUGCGGGCGUGGCAAGACACGACUCUUCUCAUCUCCCUCGGAUACCCACUGGUGAUGUACGACUUGAUCUCACCUGGAAAUGCGGUCGCCCUCUUUCGACGACUGCGCGAGCUUAAAGUGGAGACGGCGUAUCCGCCGCUCGACGCUUCACUCGUGGGGGCCCAGCAGGUUCUUGGGGAGCAUCGCCGGGUUGUUCGGCGUGUGAACGCAGCCCUCGUUCCUCUCAAGCUCAUGGAGGCGCGACUGCGCGUCUUUCGACCGAAUGUCUAUCAGACCCUAUCGCCGAGUCUAAAGGCCUGGCUCGGGUCCAUCAGAGAAACGCCCUUAAAGCUGACUUCGUUUUUGCCGCCGGUGGAUCAGGCGCACGUGCACGCGCUGUUGCUAGCAGGCCUGACCGAGGUGCUGGAGAGUGCUUCGCAUUCGCACUUCGACUCCGCUCUCUUCCAUCCACACUUGCAAGGGCCGUUUCUGCUCGAGGCAGCUUCGCCCGCCACGCAGACCUACCUCGAAUGGGACAAACCGUGGCUGUUUUAUCCUUCCUUCAAACAAUUCGAAAGUCGAGUGUAUACAGAGACGAAGCGUCGCUGUUUGGCAGAAGAGGGCUGGGCGUUGAUUGCGCUGUCUGCUGAACAAUGCCUUUCUCAACCCACUUCUGACAGACUCCGGUGGAUCGUUGCGCAGCUGCGGACGAGGCUGGUGAAUGAGGCAGAAGAAACAAUUUGA